GUUCAUUACUCGAUAAACGUACUAGUCAAUAAGACAGAAGCCUUGGGAACUCCUCAUCUGGACAUCCCCAAACAAGGUUUACUACCAGAAGAACAGAAAGGUUUUCAAGUUUCACUGCCAUGCACAGGUGAAAAAAGUGAGGAAGUGGAUGUAAGAAUUCAGAUUAAUGUUACUACAGAAGGUUACCCUAAUGUUACUUUUCUUACACUGAAGAGAAGGAAAGUUUGUCUCAAAGAUCAGAGUCAAAAUGGAACUAUGUUAAUGGGUCCUUCACCUGUAAUUGCAUCAACCAGUUCUUUUUACAUCUCUGUUGGAUGUGCAAGUGUUUUAAUUGUUGUAAUGACAGCAGUAGCAACAACUUGCUACAUACGGAGCCAAAAUGCACGCAGGAGACACACUGCCAACUACAGAAGAGAUUCACCAAGGAAUGUUUCCUCUCAAUGCCAGACCUUCUUGCGGGUAGACACACCAAACAAUGCAAACACAGUAGAAAACUAUUCUAGUUUUCAACGCCUGCCUUCUUUGUCAGUUAAUGCACCAGUACAAGUAAACAAUCUGCGAGCAUCUGAACUCACAGAAAAGAUUCGUGAGAUAGAUGUUGAAAGGAAAAGAAUAAUUUUACAUGAGAAACUACAAGAAGGAACAUUUGGCCAAAUUUACCAUGGGGUGUUGAUAGAUGAUGGAAAUUGCAUGAAACAGGCAACAUUUGUGAAAACUGUGUCUGAGCAGGCAUCUAAAGACCAAAUCUCACUGCUUCUAUUUGAAGGAAUGAGAAUGUAUGGAACAAAUCAUAAGAAUGUGUUACCAAUCAUCGCCAUAUGUAUGGAUAAUGUGCAGCACCCUCUUUUGGUCUACCCAUUCAUGAACCAAGGAAAUCUAAAGCUCUUUCUUCAAAAGUGCAGGUUUUCAGUUGAAGGCCACUUUCAUACUCUUCUUACCCAAGACCUUGUUGGCAUGGCAAUCCAGAUUGUACAAGGAAUGAUUUAUCUUCACAAGAAGAAGAUUAUUCAUGGUGACCUAGCCACCAGGAACUGUGUAGUGGAUGACAGGUUACACGUGAAGAUAACAGACAAUGCUCUUUCUCGUGAUCUAUUUUCAAGUGACUACCACUGUCUUGGUGACAAUGAAAACAGGCCCAUUAAGUGGCUUGCACUAGAGAGCUUACUAAAGAAAGAAUUUUCUGUAGCAAGUGAUGUUUGGUCAUUUGGGGUCACUUUGUGGGAACUAAUGACCCUUGGCCACCAGCCUUACAUAGAUAUAGAUCCCUUUGAAAUGGGAGCAUCACUUCAAGAUGGCUAUAGACUUUCUCAGCCUAUCAACUGUCCUGAUAAGCUGUAUGAGUUGAUGACCCUCUGUUGGGUAUCUGCACCUGAGAAAAGGCCCAGUUUUUCCAAGUUAUUUGUAUUUUUUCAAGAUUUUUACAAUGACUUAGGACUUUAUGUUUGAUUACUUUUAUAGACAUGCAUAAAUUAAAUAUGACAAUGGAAAAAGUGGUAUCAAAGAAACUCAUGAUGAAAUGUAAUUUUAUGAUAACCUUCACACAGUGUGCUAGUACUCUUUGGCAUCCAGUGCUCUUGUCAACAAGUGCAAUGAGUGAUAUUAGGAAAGAUAUUUCUCCAGCCAACACAAAUCGUCUUUUAUGGGCCAGUGAUGAGUUUGUGGAUUUAUGGUGCUUAAAUCCAGGGUUUGCUUUGCAAUGGUGAACAGUGUGCAAAUAUUACUUUGUAUAGCUUUGCGGUCAAUAUCAACAAGCAACACAAAUUAGCAUGAAAUGAAGCAAACAGUUUAAAUAAGAUCAGGAUAAGUGUGAAGAACUGUGUUGCUUUUUGCUACAAAAAUGAUCUCUCAUUGGGUGUUAAAAAUAAGAAUAAAUCAGUUUGGUUGUCAAGUGGAAGUUUGUAACUGCUGUAAUUCAUUAAAAGAAAGAGCUUACAUUGUAUUUAAUAUGAAAUUAAAUGUUCCAAACCUAUAAAGAAUGUUUCAAGAGAGCUGAGUAUUCUUGACGAGAUAUGGGAACUAUUGAACAGGAGUGACACAGCAUCAUUUUAUGUUUUCAGAUCUUCCAGAAAUGUUGAUUGCCAUUUUAAUAAAACAACUAUUUUGUUAAAGGAUAGUCUUACCUGUUCAUCUCUCUUAAUCAGUUCAAAUUAAUGGAAAGCUAAUUCAACAUAUCUAUCUUUACAACCUUUUGUGAAUAACAAGUAGUUACUUUUAAACUAUUUCUAUUCUGAUAUAAAUGAUACUAUACUAAAAGUCCUGUUAUUAUGCCAAAGAAGAGAGGAAUGAAUGUAUACUAAGUUUAAAUUAUCACGUUUAUCUUUAUAUCAGUAAAGAGCAUUACACAUGCUGAUCAGAUCAAUAAAGAGCAUUUCACAUGUUGAUCAAAUCAUGCACAACCAAAAUAGUGGAAUGAUCAGUGCCUCAGCUUUCACAGUUACAAUAACUGACAUCAAAUCAAACAUAAAAGACAUUACCAUGUAAAGACUCUAAAAGUGUUGAGUAAGAUUUAACCCAUUAACUGCGGAUGACGGAUAUUUCCAACUUUGAAGUUCUACGGCUCAGCUGCAAAUGAUGGAAAUAUCCGUCAGUCGUACAUAUAUAACUAGAACUCUAUGCGAAUGAAGAAAAUUACCGUUUUAUUGUGAUUGAUGGCAACUCAGUUUUAUCUCACUCAGAAAACGGCAGCUGAGCUGCUCCUGCCGCAAUUAAUGGGUUAAUCAAUCUACACAAGUCAUUAAAGACUGAAUUGUAGGCAUAUCCACAGGAAGACUUCUACUACUUGAAAUGUGGUAGACCAAAUUAGUUUUAGGUGGCCCAACCUAAAAAUAAUCAUAUAAACAAAUUAAAUUAUUCCAUACAAUAUAACAGGAGUAUGCGUUUAUGUAAUGUGCAUAACUUACAAUGUACUGCAAGUGUUUAAGUUCUUUUUUUUUAUUACCUUUUCUUACAAUCUAAAUGAAUCAGCCAUGUGCAACACAAAAUAUACCCAUUUUAAACUUGUAGAUGGAUUUUGAUAGAGAUAUCUUUGAAACUUAUAUUUAUUGAGCAUUUGGAAUCAUAUUGGAAUAUCCAGUUUGACUUCUUUAUGAAUGUAUCUGAUCAGAAUAAUUGUAAUUAGUCUUUUGUUUGUAAGAAUUAUUCCAUAAAAGCCCAAUUUAAAGAUUUAAAAUUGUGUAGAAAGUGUAGUUUGUAUUUUACUACUGGCCUUCUAGCAUGAUUAAAAAAGUAUUUUUCAGUAUUUAAAUGCACUUGUAAGACAUUUUAGAUCAUAAUUAAUAAAAUUUCUGUUUGUGUUUUAUACUGAAAGAAUAUCAGUGUUAAAAAAUGGCUCUCAAACUCACAAUCUAUUACCAUACACUGAAUAUUACAUUAUUGUUUCUAUAUGUGUGAAAAGUUUUACUACAGUAUCCUUGACCUUGUGUAGAAGAAAACUGCUAGAAAUGUAAAUGGUUUAUAAUUAUUGUUACACUGAUAUUGUGAAUGUAUACAUUUUACAAAAAUAAAAAUUUAAUUUUC